ACCAGCCACCGACCUCAGACCUAGCGCGCCGGCACCAUGGCAGGCCCCAGCCUCGCCUGCUGCCUUCUCGGCCUCCUGGCGCUGACCUCCGCCUGCUACAUCCAGAACUGCCCCCUGGGAGGCAAGAGGGCGGCGCUGGACCUCGAAGUGCGCAAGUGCCUCCCCUGCGGCCCUGGGGGCAAAGGGCGCUGCUUCGGGCCCAGCAUCUGCUGCGCGGACGAGCUGGGCUGCUUCGUGGGCACGGCCGAGGCGCUGCGCUGCCAGCAGGAGAACUACCUGCCGUCGCCCUGCCAGUCCGGCACGAAGCCCUGCGGGAGCGGGGGCCGCUGCGCCGCCGCCGGCUUCUGCUGCAGCUCGGACGGCUGUAAGUAUGACCUCGACUGCAACCCAGAACCUGCCUUCUCCCAGCCUUGA